AUGUCGUCUUCGAAAGCAGCUCUUCUCAUCGGUGGCAUAACCCAUGCGCGUAAGGAGUGGGAGGAAUGCGGUUCCCUGCUUAGUCUGAAGGAAUACCCAGAAGGCUCACGAGAAGACUUCCUGUCAAAGUGCCGCAAUGGAGACUUCGACAAUGUCUUCGUGAUCUACCGAAGCAAUGAUUCCACAUCUGUCACUGGUCCGUUCAACCAGGAACUCGUCGAUGUCCUUCCAGAAAGCCUCAAGUUCAUAUGCCACAACGGCGCGGGGUACGACAACAUAGAUGUCGAGGCGUGCAGCAAACGGGGCAUCUCAAUCGCCAGCACGCCCGUCGCCGUCAACGAUGCGACCGCCGACGUCGCCGUGUUCCUAAUGCUCGGCGCGCUGAGACGCAUCACGAUACCGUUCCAAGCCGUCAGACAAGGUGACUGGCGAGGCAAGAACUUCAAGCUCGGCCAUGACCCUAAGAACAAAACGCUCGGCGUGCUGGGCAUGGGAGGUAUUGGCCGUGCUGUCGCGACGAGAGCGAAGGCGUUCGGAAUGAGGAUCCAGUACCACAACCGCAACCCUUUGCCGGAGGCCGAGGCCGGAGGGGCUGAAUACGUCUCCUUCGACGAUUUGAUGAAGACGUCGGACGUGCUGAGUCUGAACCUUUCUCUCAAUGCAUCAACAAGGCACAUCAUCGCGAAGCCGCAGUUUGACAUGAUGAAGGAUGGCGUUGUAAUCAUCAAUACCGCUCGGGGGCCGAUCAUCGAAGAGGCAGCCCUGGUUGAUGCGCUAGAGUCUGGCAAAGUGUUCAGCGCCGGAUUGGACGUAUAUGAGAAGGAGCCAGAAAUCCAUCCGGGUUUACUAGAGAAUGAGAAUGUGGUCCUGCUGCCGCACAUUGGCACUGCUACACUUGAGACACAGCGCGAUAUGGAGCUUUUGGUGCUCGACAACCUUAAAGAAGCAGUGAGGCACAACAAACUCAUCACACAAAUUCCGGAGCAAGCCAAGAAGUAG